AUGUCCGAGUCUCCGUCUCCCAUUGACCAUGUCACAAGCUUCUCCGGUGUUAAGAGCAGUCUCAGUCCUAAGCGAUUUUCCUGUUUUCCUGUCACCACCACCGAACGACCGAACCAAGACAUCAUGGCGAGAAGCGCGUCCAACCACGCCGUUUGGCGAGCGCGGCGGAACGAGGCCAUUCACCAUCUGUUUUGGGUUGUAUGUGUUUCGGCAACCUAUCUCGCAACCGAGUUGACCAUUUGGGGACUCAGCUUCGCACUGGCUUCCGCGCAACUCCAAUACUUUGCUUCCAUCGUGGGCAUGGCUGUCAUAUUUUCCGCCAUGGCAGCCGCUGGCAAGGUGUGUCUGAGCUGCGACAACUUCUAUCACAGAUGGAUCAAGUCCAAGGUGUGUGCUUUCUGCCCUUUUCUGCCCUCGCUUCUCGGGCAGGCCGGUCGGUUUCAAAAGGCUCACUCACUCUUGCUUGGUGCGGGAAAAAAUAAACAGGUGGACUUUAUCAACGCCCAGCUUGGAAUUGGAUUCAGCGUGCCCAUCAUUAUGCUCAAUCACGUCCUCGGCAUCCGGGACAUUGGCUACAUCAUCGCAACGUCCGCCAUCACAAACGUCGUCUCGUGGGCUUCGGUCUUCUUGCUGUCCCUUCUGGGACUCUUCUUUCUCGGCACGUUGCAGGCAUACGCUUCCAGACGCACGCAGACCAAGGAGGCUACAAAGUCUACCUUUGAUCCGCGCUACGAGGUCAGAGGGACUAUCCGGCGCGCCGCAGCCCGAUGCUACGACCGCCCAUGGCAGUACCUGACGUCAGAUGACUCGGUUGAGAAGACAGAGGACGGCAUAUCCGCCUCGGCCGAGGCGAAGGCCAGGGCUGUGGCAAGCGCGCUUGUCGUCGAGGCCGAUAUCCAGGUCCAAGACGGGAACCUCUGGCGCAUGCUGAGAAGCAACGGCUACGUCAUCCUGUGCCUCGCCGGCACCAUAGGCGUCGGCAUUCCUCUGGAGCUGCUGGUCCACGAUGGCCGGGCCCUCGACGGGUUCUCCCUGUGGCUCUGCUGGCUCAUCGCCAUACGGCUGCAGCGCACGGUCAAGUCUUCCAGUCUCUUUGGAUCCAACGUGCGGUGCCGCCACAGUCUCGCAACCAUGGUCAACCCCGUCCUGGUAACCACCCUCCUCAUGCUCGGCUUCACCCGCGUCAAAGGCCGGCUCACGGGCAGCGGCGGCAUCGCCAAGGUCCUCCGCGACUUUAGCAGCGGGAGCCCUCUGUACACCAUCUGGACAGCCGUUGCCUCCGAUGCCGCGAUGCCGCACAACCCGACUCGGUGGUUCGGCGCCGGAGACUUCGCCCUGUCUUUGCUCGAGUGCGGCGUCGUCGCCUGGGGCUUCAAGCUGUACGAGUGCCGGAAACAGCUCUUCAGCGUCUCCGGGGUUUCCACCCUGCUGUUCUCAACCAUGGCCGCCGCAGGCAACGUGUUCCUCUCCGUGAUGCUCGCCCGCGCCCUGGGACUGCAGUCCGUGGAAUCGCUGGCUUUCGCCGCCCGGAGCGCCACUCUAGCCCUCGCCAAGCCCUCCGUCAAGGCCCUGGGGGGCAACGUGGCCCUCAACGCGACGCUCGUGGUCAGCAACGGUAUUCUGGGGCAGCUCGUGUAUCCCGUGCUCCUGGACAAGCUGUCCGUGCCGACCGUUCAGCCCGAGCCGCAAGGCCAAGCCGACAAGAAGAAGGCCGACAAACUCGAAGAGGACGACCCCGUCACCGUCGCAGCCGGGGCCGCCAUCGGCAUCAAUGGGGCUGCCAUGGGGGUAUCGUAUCUCUACGAGGUGAAGAGUCGCGCGGCGCCCUACGCAGCGCUCUCCAUGACCAUGUUUGGCGUCAUGACGGUCGUGUUUACAACGCUGGAACCGUUCAAGAAUACGGCCCUGAAGCUGGCUUCAUGGUGA